AUGAGAGAAUACCGGCAGAAUCUCGCGCUUCAAGUACAUCUCCAGAAGCUACGAGAAGAAAGCCCUCUCGUACCAUAUCAGCCAACCUCGCCCGAGACGACCCUGAUCUCCCGAUACGUUGGCGUGCUCGGACCAGAGCCCGCCGGUAGGCAGCCUUUUGAGGUCUUAGGGACCUGGAUACAGUCUAUUCCCUCGCGCAUCGGGUCGAACAAGAUGCUUGAUUUGGCCGUUCAGUUCUUCGUCGAUAGUCACGCUACGUAUCGAGAUGAUAUGCACUCGAAGCGCAAGGUCGCGAGAGCUUCAAAGGCUAAAGCGCUCAAGGAAUUGCAGCUCGCCGUGAUGAACACUGAUAACAAGGUCACAGAUGUCAUGCUGUCGCCAUCACAGAGAGCGUCGAUGGCCGUCAUGCACGUUUUCAUUCAGUGCCCUUACGCGGUAGCAUUGAUCCGAGAAGCCAUUUCGAACCCCGAGGACACGAUCGCGCUUGCAAUCGCCAUGUCAUAUUUGGAGGGUCUGAUGCAAAUCAACGUGUCGCAGCACGUAGCUGAGCUCAUUGAAACGACCGUGUCUGUGGUACCGAUUCCACCGUCACCGGACGUCGCCGACCUAAUGCCCGACACCCUCGAGUUCAAUUCGAUGGCCAUUGCCCCAUGGCACCGCAUGACCCGAGAUCUUACUACUCAACGCUCACCAUCCGCCUCGCCAGGCACCCCCUCGGACGUGGCGACGGAGGUCACACGCGCCAAGCGCAUGCAAGCCUGGAUAGUCAACGAAACCAACAAGAUACACAAGAACUGGAACGUCGCCACCGUCGAUGAGGAAAUUCUUAUAGAAGCUCUAGAAGCCCUAUCCGGAGAGAAGAUGCCAGAUUGGCUUCCAACACGCGUGCGCUUCGUCCCCGAAGAAGGCGAAAUGGCUCUACACAUGGAAUUCGAGAACAGAACAGGGACCUACUCCACUGGGAGAAUCGAUUUGAGCUUCCGCUUAGAGGAGGGCUGA